AUCUUUCGUAUAAAUUGAUAAAUUUAAAAUAACAUGGCACAUUCGUCCUCCUCCAAGUUCAUAAUGGGUCAAACGCUAUCCGAGCCGGUGACCACCAAGAAUACAUCUGGCUGUGAGAACACCAUAUAUCGUGUGGGCUCCAGUUGUAUGCAGGGAUGGCGCGUGGAAAUGGAAGAUGCCCAUACCCAUAUAUUGUCGCUGCCCGAGGAUCCGGUAGCUGCCUUCUUCGGGGUCUAUGACGGGCACGGUGGUUCAGCUGUGGCCAAAUUCGCUGGCAAGCAUUUGCACAAGUUCAUUACGAAGCGGCCAGAGUAUUUCAAUAAUGGCGUCGAUCUGGCCAUGAAGCGGGCUUUCUUGGAUUUUGACAAGGAGAUGCUGCGCAAUGGUUCGUGGGCCGAGCAAAUGGCCGGUUCGACGGCAGUUGUGGUUCUGAUCAAAGAGAAGCGAUUGUAUUGCGCCAAUGCUGGGGAUUCCAGGGCAAUGGCCAUGAUCGGGGGCAAGCCGCAUGCCCUGUCGGUGGAUCAUAAGCCAAACGAUGACGCCGAAACUAAACGCAUUCUGGCCGGCGGCGGUUUUGUUGAAUACAAUCGUGUUAAUGGUAAUCUUGCUCUAUCCCGUGCAUUGGGUGAUUUCAUAUAUAAGAAGAAUGCCAACAAGAAGCCGGAGGAGCAAAUUGUUACCGCUUUUCCGGAUGUGGAAAUACGUGAUAUAACUGAUGAUUGGGAAUUUAUUGUACUGGCCUGUGAUGGCAUUUGGGAUGUAAUGAGUACAUCCGAUGUCGGUUAUUAUGUACGCCAUCGCAUUGCCAUGGGCAUGCAGCCGGAAUGCAUUUGUGAGGAUCUGAUGAAUCACUGCCUGGCCCCAGAUGGCCAUGUCACUGGUCUGGGCUGUGACAAUAUGACUGUUGUUUUGGUCUGUUUCCUUCAUAACAAACCGUAUGAGGAUCUAAUUGUUCGUUGUGGUACCGCACAACAGAAUUCUCCCGGCGACAAUGGUGACAUCAAAACAAAUUUCUCCAAUGUCAGUGGCAAUGGCAAUGGCAAUGGCAAUGGCAAUGGCGAUCUCAGCCCAACCGAUUCUAUCCUAAGCUUGAGCCAUUCUAUCCACGAGACCACGGAUGUAUUCAAUCGUUCCAAAUCCCCAAAAUCACGCGAUCUGGACAAUGUCUAAAUCCUAAACGCUAUGCAAACUCACACGUAUUGUUGAUUACGUUCUUGUUUCUUGGCACUUGGCACUAUGUAUUUCAUUUGAUUAUCCUUAUUUAUAUAUUUUUUUGGCCACAUUUUGAUUUGUUCUUUUGAUCCCAUCAUUAAUUAUCAAAAUCUUUUGUCAAAUGAA